AUGUUGACACAUGUUCCUAAAAAAGUAAAUUGGGAAAAGUUUAUAAAAGAAGGAACAGAUGAAUGGAAUUGCCAGAUGGCAGUUUGUGAUUCAUUUGAGGAGCGUCCUAUAUGGAUCAAAGAAUCUUUGUCUGAACAAUUGUCAAACAAAGGUCUCAAACUUAGUAGCAACUAUUUGAAAAGGCUUCUAUUUAGGGCAGCAUAUUAUUUUUCAAACGGACCUUUUCUUAGGUUUUGGAUCAGAAAAGGAUACGAUCCACGUAAAGAUCCGGAAUCUCGCAUAUAUCAAAGGAUUGACUUCAGAGUACCUCCAUCCUUACGAAGCUAUUGUGAUAAUGGCAUAGCAUCCGGAUUAAAGCAUAAAUGGGGAGAUUUAUGUGGUUUUCGAGUUUUCCCUUACAAAUGUCAAAUUUCACUUCAAUUAUUUGAACUUCCCGAUGAUUACAUUCAACAAGAGAUGAAAAAGCCUUCAACUCAAACAACUUGCAAUCUGGCGACAGGUUGGUUUACUCCACAUGUCCUUGAGAUUUUUCGGUUAUGUGUUGCUGUGAGGUUCCUAUCCGUGUAUCCAAACGCUGGUGCUGAGUCUUUUCUCAAAUCGGCUUCUUCACGUCUUGAAAAGUCAAAAAGAACUGUAGUAAAGGAGCCGAUAGUUAACCAACAAAUCAAUAGAGAUGAGGUGAUUAUUGAAGAAAAAGGUAUGAGCAAUGAUGAAGAAGAAGAAGAAGAUGAUGAUGAUGAUGAUGUAGAAGAUGAUAUGGAGGAUGAGGAUUUUGAUAUUGAUUUGGUUGGUGAUGGGACCAAUUUCUUACAAGAACCAUCUUAUACAAAUGAAGAUAACAUUUCAAAGAGCUACUUGCAAGAUCUCUUUGGUAGCUUUCCAUAUAAUAAUGGAGGAGGCAAUGAGUUUCAAGAUGGUGAAAAUAGUGAUGGAGAAUAUCAUAUAUAUGAUCAAGAUAGUGAUGAAAACUACUCCGAUGAUGACUACUAAAUUGUUUGUUUUAGAAGAAUUUUAUUUAGUAUUUUUUUUUCUUUUCAUAUUGUGUUGCUUUCACUUGUUUUUUUGAGCUUCAAAUCUUCAAAUCUUCAAAUCAGUAAGGUGAAAGUCAUUUUUGUAUAAAAAGAUCACUUUUGUCUUUUGAACCGAAGAAAGAGAGGUUGAUGUUGAGUUAUGUCUCUCACAUUUUUGACAAAGGGGAUCCAACAUUAUCAACGAGCACUCUAAUUCAAACUCGUAAAAAUAUUGGUUUUUAACAAAUUAAUAUAUUUUAACAUGGAUUGUGAAAUUAUAUAGCGGCCAGUUAAGGUUGAAAGCCACCGUUAUAAACCAUCGA